UGACGCCUGGUCUCUUUUCAUUCCUUUAUAACCCUUUCCCUCUCCCUUUCUCUCUCCCUUCAAUAUCUCUCCCACCACCACCACCAAACCUCGCCACCUCAUCCUUCCCAAACUCCGUCCCGUUUUCUUUUCUUCCUCUCACCCCGUUCCGAUCUUCUCUCUCUCUCCCUCUUUUAUUUCCUCUCAAGAACGAUAUAUAUAUAUCAUUUUAUUUCAUAUCCAAUUAUUUCAUCAUGUCCUCCACUGUGAUAUCCAAUCCGGUAACCAACUCUGACCGCUCCAAAAGGAAAAAGAAGAAGAAAUCUUUGCAACCCAAAGAUCAAAACAACCCAAACAACAACAUAAUCAAAUGGAAGUCUGAAGCUCAGCAACAAAUCUACUCUUCAAAACUUAUUCAAGCUUUAAACCAUGUCACCAUCAGCAACAAGACCUCCUCGCCAUCUGCCCCCCGCGGAGGUCGAGCCGUUCGUGAAGCCGCUGACCGCGUCUUGGCUGUGGCGGCCAAAGGGAGGACCCGGUGGAGCCGAGCCAUUUUGACUAAUAGGCUGAAGCUCAAGUUUAGAAAGCAGAAGAGGCCGCAGAGAGUGCCGCCGCCGUCGUCUUCUGUGGUGGCAACCGGGAGUAGCCGUUCAAAGAAGACGAGAUUUAGCGUUUUGAGGUUGAGAAAGAGUUUGCCGGCUGUGCAGAGGAAAGUUCGUGUUCUUGGCCGGUUGGUACCCGGUUGCCGGAAACAACCGUUUCCGGUAAUUCUAGAUGAAGCUUCUGAUUAUAUAGCCGCACUUGAGAUGCAGGUACGAGCCAUGACGGCCAUCACCGAGCUACUCUCUGGCGGCGGCGGCGGCGGCGGCGGCGGCAGCAGCAGCAGCAGCGGUGGUGGCGAUUCUAGUUCUAGUUCUAGCUCAAGCUCAGCCGCCCCUCCUCCAACCUCUUGAUGGUGACACCUUGUUAAUUUUCACGUGUAUUUUCUCUUUUUAAUAUUUUUCACUUUCUCCCUCGCCAAGUAAUCUCCUCUCCUCCUGUUGAAUACAUAUUUUCUUUCCCUCUAUUUUUCUCUCUGUUUCCAAAUCACAUUAACAAUAAUUGACUGCUUCAUUUUUGUUGUA